CGUUCGCUGUGACGUACGUACGUACGGACGUUGUUUGACGAAGUCGGAAAUGAAUUGAAGCUUAGUGUUGGACAUCAAAAUAGUGAAAUGCUUUAGUUUUCAAAUCGUACCAUUCAGUAACCUAUAGCAGAUAUUCAGCUACACAGACUACUGAUUCCGUUAACGAUUGGCUAGUUACAUUGCUUCGAUCAGGAUGGAGCAGGACACUGUCCCGGAGUCUGUGGCCUCACCACCUUCAGGUGCAGCAAAAUCAAAGUUGGACACGUUGUCCAAGGAUGACCUCAUCAAGUUUGCCAAGAAGCAGAUGGCUGCCAUCCAGAAGAUGAAGUCCAAAUGUGCAGAUUUGGAGAAGGAAGUUGACACCCUCAAGUCUCAGCCAACAGGCAAUUCAGACGACUCCGUCAUACAGGAGCUGACUGAGAGGAUGAGUGCCUUGCUGCUGGAGAAGGCUGAGACCCAGCAGAGUGCAGUGUUACUGCGGAAGGAGAAUGAGAAGGUCAAGCACCGGGAACAGGAUGCAGUAAGAAAACUGGCCACCCUGCAGGGAGAGUUGAACCAUGCCAAGGAAGACCACCAGAAAAAGAUGGCCACUUUUGAGAAGACCAUGCACGUAUCCCAGGCCAAACAUAAAGAAGAAGUUGAAUUCUUUCAGAGGCUUCUGAGAGAGAAAGACGAGAGUGACAGAGAGAAAGAGAGCGAAAGAGAGAAAGAAAAGCAUAGGGAAAGAGAAAAGGAAGAUACAAACGACAGUGUAGAAGCUGUUAGUCACAGCCUGGAGUCGCAGAUCUUGAGUCUGCAGACAGAGCUAGCUGUAGCGGUGGAGCGAAGUGCCCAGGAGGCUGCAGUGCUGCAGGAGGACCACCAGAGGGCGCAGACAGAGGCCCAGCAAGAAGUAGAGAACCUACGAGAAGAGUUGGCCCAGCAUAGCAUGCAACAUGAAGAGGAGCUGAGAGCUCUGGAGGAGGACUUUGAGAUGGAGAGAGAGAGACUGCUUCUCCUCCAAGAGGAGCUCAGUGAGCAGCUCGCUCUCAAAGACAGUUUCUUGCAGGAUGUGCAGGAGGAAGAGGAGGAGCCUAGCGGCCGCAGCUCUGGGAUAGCCAGGAUGUUGGAGCUGUCUGGUUUAAGUCAGAUUGAUGCCAGUGAUGGAGAGACGGAGACUGGACAGCUCCGAUCCGCCUUGGAGGACCUGCAAUCCCAGAAUACAAUGCUGCAAGAUGAACUGACCUUCUUGGGCAAUGUGAAGACUCAACUGGAGGCGGAGCUUGAGAGGAUGAGGGAGGAGUUUCAGACAGAGAAGGAGGAGCUAGAAUUUAAGAUCGAUGAGUUGCUAAUGACCCGGGAGGGUGCGACCCCUGACCUGAAUAUGACCCCUUACCGAGACCCUCUGAACCCGGCAACCCCCAAGUGUGACCUUCAGGAGGUUCCAGCCCUCACUCAGCUCCAGCAGAGUGGGCCACAGAGAGAACCAGCGUACUGCCUGCCUGCCAGCUCAGCUAGCCCCUCCAGCCCUUUCCCUGACACAGACCACCAGAGUUUGACCCUGGAAGAACAGCAGAGACUGAUCCUAGAGGUCCAGGAGCUGAGGACCCAGUGUGAGACCUUAGCUAGCAAGAAUACCCAGGCGGUGGGUGAAUGUGAGUCUCUAGCCAAAGAGAGGUGCCAGGCAGUGGAUGAAUGUGAGUACCUAGCCAGAGAGAGGGGGCAGGCGGUGGCUGAGUGCGAACACACCAGAGACAUCCUGAGAGGCCUGGAGACUGAGCUAGGUCAGAGGACUGGGGACUUUGUCAGACAAUAUGAAGCUAUGAAGGAACAGGGGGCGUCAGCGAUCCAUGAGCUACAGGAGAGAGUCAGAGGGCUAACUGAGGAGAGAGAGAGUCUGGUAGAGAAGUUGAGAGUGCUGAAUGAAGACAGGGAAAGCCUAUUGGAGGAGGUCCAGGGCCUGGAGAAGAGGCUGGAGAGCUUCCUGGAGCAGACACAGGCAGCCGAGGGGCUGAAGGAGCAGCUGCAGACAUCUCUGGAGGAGAAGACAGAAUUAGCUCUCGAGUUUAAGACAUCUCUGGAGGAGAAGACAGAAUUAGCUCUCGAGUUUAAGACCUCUCUGGAGGAGAAGACUGUGUUAGCCUCUGAGCUAAAGGCCUCUCUUGAGGAGCAGACAGCGUUAACCCUCGAGCUAAAGGCUUCAGUGGAGGAUCUGAGCAGGCAGAAUGGGGAGAUCCUCUCUCAGCUACAGAUGAAGGAGAGUGCUCUUCAGGAGUUGGAGGAUUCACUCAAUGUGGUGUGCACAGAGAGGGACCAAACACUGUCAGCACUGCAGGAGAGAGAGAUGGAGGUGGUGAGGCUGAAGGAGGUGGAGGGGAGGCAAGGCCAAAGAGAAAGGGUGGCUGAGCUACAGGCUCGUAUAGAGGAGCUGGAGAAGGAGAGGAGCCUGCUGAAGAGCAGCCUAGGGGAGGUGCAGGGGAGCCCAGGGGAGGAGGUGGAGGAGCUACAGGCUCGUAUAGAGGAGCUGGAGAAGGAGAGGAGCCUGCUGAAGAGCAGCCUAGGGGAGGUGCAGGGGAGCCCAGGGGAGGAGGUGGAGGAGCUACAGGCUCGUAUAGAGGAGCUGGAGAAGGAGAGGAGCCUGCUGAAGAGCAGCCUAUGGGAGGUGCAGGGGAGCCCAGGGGAGGAGGUGGAGGAGCUACAGGCUCGUAUAGAGGAGCUGGAGAAGGAGAGGAGCCUGCUGAAGAGCAGCCUAGGGGAGGUGCAGGGGAGACCAGGGGAGGAGGUGGAGGAGCUACAGGCUCGUAUAGAGGAGCUGGAGAAGGAGAGGAGCCUGCUGAAGAGCAGCCUAGGGGAGGUGCAGGGGAGACCAGGGGAGGAGGUGGAGGAGCUACAGGCUCGUAUAGAGGAGCUGGAGAAGGAGAGGAGCCUGCUGAAGAGCAGCCUAGGGGAGGUGCAGGGGAGACCAGGGGAGGAGGUGGAGGAGCUGCAGGCUUGUGUAGAGGAGCUUGAAAAGGAGAGGAACCUCCUGAAGUGUAAUCUGGGGGAGCUGGUGGGAGAUACUGAAGCUCUACAGAGAGACCUGGUAGAGAUGAAACUUGCCAAUGAGAAGAUGAGAACAGAGAAUCAGGAAUUAUUGGCCCAGGUCAGCAACGCUACAGAGACACUGGCAGACAAAGAGAGGGAGCAGAGGGUGGGAGGAGAGAUGGAGAGAGAGGAGGAGGAAAAACAAGAGGAGAGGAGAGCGCUACAACAGCAGCUAACAGAAAAGGACAAAGUCAUAUCCCAGCUGAAGAGUGAGAUGGCUGUCCUGCAGUCUACAGCCUCCACUGUCUCGGAGGAGAAGAACACAGACAUAGAGUUCACUGAGAAAAUCGCCCUGCUGGAGAAGGAAAGCAAAGAGAAGAAUGAGAGGAUGAAUAAGAUCAAGGCGGUGGCUGUGAAAGCCAGGAAGGAGCUGGACACCAGCAGGAAAGAGGCUGUGUCUCUGAAGGAGGAAGUGGAGGUGUUGAAGGCUGAGCGAGAGAAAGUGACCAGCUCAAUGAAAGACAUCAUUCAUGGAGCAGAGGGAUACAAGAACUUACAGUUGGACUACGACAGACAGACAGAGCAGCUGGAUAAGGAGAGAGAGAAGGUGGAGGGAGCUGAGAAACAGAUCUCCGAGCUGACCAAACGACUCAACACCGCUGUACAACAGCAUGAGCAGCUGUGGUCGGAGAGAGAGGACCUGAUGACUGGAAUGGAGACGCUGAGGAGCACGGUGAGACAGAUGGAAGGACAGACAGCAGAGCUGCACAGGCAGACAGACACCCUGAACAGAGACCAUCAGGCUGAGAGACUACUGAAGGAACAGAAGACAAAGGAGCUGUCGUCGUUGCAGAAGGAGGUAGAGGAGUUGACCGCUCAGCUCCGCAGACAGAAGCAGCAGUCUCAGCAGACUGCACGGGAGCUGGAGCAGCUACGCAAGGAGGCCCAGCAGAGCUCGUUGUUGGACAUGGAGAUGGCAGACUAUGAACGCCUGGUCAAAGAACUCAACACCAACCUGUCAGAGAAGGACGUGUGUGUGGAGGAGCUGAAAACACUGAUACACACACACACUCAGAAAGAAGACACACUCAACCAGGAGAUUGAGGGUCUGAAGUCCCAGCUGGACCAGGGGGAGGACAAGGGCGCCAAGAUGAAACAGCUGCUGGUGAAAACCAAGAAAGAUCUGGCGGACGCCAAGCGGCAGGAAGCCUCUCAGAUGAUGACCCUGGCCUCUCUGAAGGGAGAACUGGAGACUCACCAACAGGAGCUAGAGAACAGUAAGAUCCGAUGCUGUGACCUGUCUGGGGAGCGCCACCGGCUGCAUGAGCAGCUGAGGACUCUGACGGAACAACAGCAGAGAACAAGCAGCACCCUGCAACACCGACUGACCUCACUACAGCAGGAGUUCAACACUGCCCAGGCUGAGCUGUCAUUUGUCACUACUGAGUUUGACAGCUAUAAGGUCAGAGUUCACAAUGUCCUCAAACAGCAGAAGAACAAGAGUUCGGCCCAGAGUGACGGACACGCCACCAAACAGGAGAGAGAGCAGAUGGAGUCCAUGGUGGACCAGUAUAAAGCCAAGCUGCAGGACAGUCAGCAGUGUCUGGCGGUGAGCACUGCAGAGUUCCAACAGCUCCAGAUGGAACACGACACACUGCUGGAACGACACAACAAGAUACUGCAGGAGACCGUCACUAAAGAGGCCGAACUCAGAGAGCGACUCCUGUCUCUCCAGGCAGAGAGUAUGUCGCUGCGGACAGAACUUGCCCAGACGGUGGGUCAACUUACCUCCCAGGCCGACGCCCAACGCUCAGGGUUCCGGGAGCAGAUCCGCCACCUUCAGGACGAACACAGAACUACAGUAGAGACCCUGCAGAACCAGAUGACCCGGCUGGAGAACCAACUAUUCACAUUGCAGAGCCAGACCGCUCCAGUCCAGACCAGUCGUAAGCCAGUGGUGGACCGCCGGACUGUGGACCAGGGGGCGAUGGGGGGGCUGGGCCUCAGUGACCUCCAGUCCAUGGCUAGAGAGGAGGGGGAGGGCAUGGAGACCACUGAGACAGAGUCCCUGUCCCUCCCACACACACCCCUACCCUCACUGGAGCAUCUACUCACCUCCCCAGACCCCAAACAGGAGCCGUUUGUGUGGCAGGUGGAGCCGACUAAAGAGGAGUUAAGUCAGAAGUUGGCCACAGCUACACGCAGUAUGGAACACAUGAACAUGCUACUGCAUGAGACAGAGGCUACCAACGCUGUUCUGAUGGAACAGGUCAAUCUGUUGAAGUCUGAGGUGCGUCGUCUGGAGCGUAACCAUGAGAGGGAGAAAAGUGUAGCCAACCUGGAGUAUCUGAAGAAUGUCCUCCUGCAGUUCAUCUUCCUGCAGUCAGGCAGCGAGAGACGGGCUCUACUCCCUGUCAUACACACCAUGUUACAACUCAGCCCUGAGGAGAAGAAUAAACUGGCUGCUAUCGCAAUGGGUGAGGAGGAGGUGGGAGGAGCUAAAGGCUCAGGAUGGACCUCCUACCUUCACAGCUGGUCUGGCAUCAGAUAAAGACAUCAACUACUGCCAUCUCACUACCUGCCUUCACUUUCAUCUGAUCAAUAUGUCUGAUCAACUGGAGUUAUUAAAAAGUCUUCAUAUAUUAUUGAUGAUCAUUAAUCUACUUGAAAUGAAGCAAGUGCUGACAGCAGCAAAACAAGCCAGUGCUCUUUUAACUGUUUAGUUCCUGGACCAGUGAUGAUUCCUCAAUGCCUCACAUUCAAUACUUAGUUUUUUACGACUGAAUGUGUAGCUUGGUAAUAAUCCGCUCCAUGCAGCGCCUAAGUUCAAAUGGUUAAUGAAGUGAACUAUGACUGUGAUGACACACUUAAGAUCUAAUGUAGAGUGGUUCAUCAACAAUUAUAACAAUUCACACCUGUUUCGAUGUAUCAAUAUUACAUACCAAAGAAUGCUAUGUUAAUAUGUAGGUACGUAGUCUGUAAUUGGUCAAUGUGUGUGUGUGUGUAUAUAUAGUAAUUAUGUACUUGCUGUGAAAUCACAAUGUUAUUGCAAUGUGGGGCUGCUUUUUUUCAAGUUUUUUCAAGUUUUUCAAGUGAAGAAAGGGUACUGGAUAUCAAUGACUCGGUCAAAUUGAGGCCUCUGCUUUGUCGUCCUAUGGUUGUGCUUCAUAUCACAUCAUUUACAAACAGCUAUCUGCACUUGAAUUUACACAUUUGGUGGACUAGCACCAACUGACAUGUAUAGGAGUCACAUUAGGCUCUCAUUUACUAUGGCCUGAAAUUGUACUCUUAUUUCCCAUAUAUUGCACAAUAUUGGGAUAAAGUGCCGGUUCAGAUUUGGCUCAUCUCUUACCCAGAGUUAUGCUAAUGUCAUUGUUCUGUGUUAUUCCUAAGGCAUAUUAAUGAAUGAGGCCAGAUGGGGACAAGUAAUACAUGGGAAUAACUGAAUGUACUCAAUGAAUAAUUGUAUAUUUAAACUGGGAAAGUAUAUUGUUCGGCUAUAAAAUAUGAAUGAUUACUGAUGUUGAAAACUGGUGAGGGUGUCCAGUCCUCGCGGUUGACGUUGAUAUCCACUCUGGGUUAAGACAUGAUUUAGAAAAGGAAAAAUAAGUCAAAGUUAAGCAUAUGUUUUAGGUCAACCAUUUUAUAUAAAAAGGAGACCUGCAAUCAGUAGCAAAAGCACCAUUCUUUUUCCUACCAGAUUAUUUAACUGUGAAUAAAGAUGACAAUUAAUAUAUAUGCUUUUUUUUUUAAAUACAUUUUUUUUUUAACUUUCUUGGCCUGCCGCUACUCUUGUUCAUCUAAAAAUGUAAUGUCUCAUCUCAACUUAAGUCCCCCCAAUUAAAUGAAUUUGAGGUAAAUUGAUGUAAUAUUUGGUCAUUUAGAAAAAGUUCUAUCAUCUAAAGAAGUUACAGUAUAUACACUGCUCAAAAAAAUAAAGGGAACACUUAAACAACA